AUGUCUCCGAGAACGAGUAUAUGGGGCGCAUGCAGAGCUCUCGCAAUUCGGUCGAGACCUGUCGCCCCCCGACCAGCCCCAUUCGUCAACGCUCUCCCAAGAAAUCGAUGGUACUCGAACGACGGAAACGACCAGCCCCCGAAGGCAAUUGGCACCGCUCAAAAGGCCCAGGAGUCCCAGGUUAGCUCGGUUGAAGCCCCCGCGGCUUCGACAGGAAAUGGGGAUGCUGAGGUGACGUCUUCGCCAGCCUCUUCCGACGAGAUUAUCGACGAUGCGACACUCGAGCAAAUAUUCUACGGCGGCCGCACACAGUCAAGCACGAUUGAGGGUGGUCUGACACCAGCGCAGGAGGAUAUUCUUUACCGAGAGGGUACCAUUCCUUCGGCUGAGAAGGCCGAAGCUCUCGUUGCACAAGCAGAGAAGGCUGAGUUGGACUCGCCCGACAGCACUGAGAUGCAAAACCCCGGACACAAGUUUGGUCUACCAAAGCGACCUUGGCCGGAAGGUUUCAACAUGAAGAAGCGUUACCAUCCUGUGCUGGAGCAAAUUGCUCGACUCCUCAUGAAGGAUGGUAAGCUCAGUGUUGCUCAACGAAAUCUAGCUAUCGUCAUGAGCUACCUCCGAACCGCGCCACCUCCGAUCUACAGUCCGAAAUUCCCCCUCCUGCCCGGUACUCCCCCGGCCACACAUCUCCCUCUCAACCCGAUUCUAUACAUUACCGUCGCUAUUGACUCGGUAGCUCCUCUCCUCAAGAUCCGCAACGUGGCGGGUGCCGGUGGUGGUGGUCGCGCGCUAGAACUUCCCGUCCCUCUGGGUGUGAGGCAGCGACGACGAGUUGCCUUCCAAUGGAUUCUGGACGUUAUCAACAAGAAGCCCUCCAAGGGCAGUGGACGCAAGCAAUUCCCCUACCGAAUCGCUGAGGAGAUUGUUGCUGUCGUGGAAGGACGUUCGGGUGUGUGGGAGAAGCGCAAGAUGGUUCACAAACUGGGUACGUCAGCCCGAGCAAACAUUGGGUCCAACAAACUCAAGGUCAAGAAGAAGAUGUAG